GGACUCCAACUGCUCCCCAGUUUCCGCAGGGAAGCGCCGGGCCCCCGCUGCUAUUGUAUCGGGCUUUCUCUGUGGGUCCGGGUCUCUCCCCCUUUCUCUCCUCUGCCCCUCCCGCCUGCCUCGGGAAGGCUGGGCUUCCACCCGCGCAGCGUUAACCCUUAGCUGGCCAGCAGCCAGGGAGCCGCGUCGGGAGCCGGGGGAUCCCGGGGGCCAGCCGCCGUGCUUCAGGGAAAGGGCAAGAAGGCCGCCGCCGGCUCUUUAGGGCUCGGGCUCCGGGGCGGGGAGAGGACCGGGACCGUCGCUAGCUUUAAGAACGGGAGCCCGGCAGCCGAGGAAAGAGGGCCCGGGCCAGCCAGGUGUGUGUGACCCCGCUCCGCGCCCCGACCCGCACCGACACUAUGGGGCACCCCCCGCUCGAGUUCAGCGACUGCUACCUGGACAGCCCCGAUUUCCGCGAGAGGCUCAAAUGCUACGAGCAGGAGCUGGAGCGGACCAACAGAUUCAUUAAAGAUGUGAUCAAAGACGGCAACUCCCUCAUCGGCGCUAUGAGAAGUUACUCUUCAGCUGUGCAGAAAUUUUCUCAGACCCUGCAGUCCUUCCAGUUUGACUUCACUGGGGACACGCUGACAGAUGAUGAGAUUAACAUUGCGGAAUCUUUUAAGGAAUUUGCUGAGCUCCUCAGUGAAGUUGAAAAUGAGAGGAUGAUGAUGGUACAAAACGCUAGUGAUUUGUUGAUCAAACCGCUGGAAAAUUUCCGUAAGGAACAAAUUGGCCUGACCAAGGAACGGAAGAAAAAAUUUGAGAAGGACAGUGAGCGGUUUUAUUCUUUGCUGGAUCGUCACUUGCAUCUGUCUUCCAAGAAGAAAGAAUCCCAGCUCCAGGAGGCUGACUUACAGUUGGACAGAGAGAGACAUAAUUUCUUUGAGUCAUCUCUUGACUAUGUGUACCAGAUCCAGGAGGUUCAGGAGACCAAGAAGUUCAAUAUUGUGGAGCCUGUCUUGGCUUUCCUUCACAGUCUCUUCAUUUCCAACAAUCUGACAGUAGAACUAACACAGGAUUUCCUUCCUUACAAACAGCAGCUCCAGCUCAGUCUGCAAAAUACAAGAAAUCACUUUUCUAGUACCCGAGAGGAGAUGGAAGAACUUAAGAAGAGGAUGAAGGAGGCCCCCCAGAUGUGCAAACUCCCGGGGCAGCCAACCAUCGAGGGCUAUCUCUACACCCAAGAGAAAUGGGCUCUGGGAAUAUCAUGGGUGAAAUACUAUUGUCAGUACGAGAAGGAGACCAAGACAUUGACAAUGACUCCCAUGGAACAAAAACCAGGAGCUAAACAGGGACCUGUGGACUUAACCGUGAAGUACUGUGUUAGGAGGAAGACAGAAUCAAUCGACAAGAGGUUCUGCUUUGACAUUGAAACUAAUGAAAGGCCGGGCACUAUAACGCUGCAGGCCCUUUCUGAAGCCAACAGGCGGCUCUGGAUGGAAGCAAUGGAUGGAAAAGAACCAAUCUACCACAGCCCCAUAACGAAACAGGAAGAAAUGGAACUCAAUGACGUCGGCUUCAAAUUUGUAAGGAAGUGCACCAAUGCGGUGGAGGCUAAAGGCAUCACGACAGAGGGAGUUUACCGGACCGUGGGCAGCAACAUUCAAGUUCAGAAGCUACUGAAUGCCUUUUUUGAUCCCAAGUGCCCAGGAGAUGUUGAUUUGCAGAACAGCGACUGGGAUAUUAAGACAAUCACCAGCUCCUUGAAAUUCUACCUCAGGAAUCUUUCGGAACCUGUUAUGACAUAUAAGCUCCACAAAGAGCUGGUUUCUGCCGCCAAGUCGGAAAACCUGGAUUACAGGCUGGGAGCCAUUCACGCUCUGGUCUAUAAGCUUCCUAACAAGAAUCGGGAUAUGCUGGAACUCCUCAUAAGACACUUGGUCAACGUGUGUGAGCAUAGCCGAGAGAACCUGAUGUCGCCCUCGAACAUGGGAGUGAUAUUCGGACCCACUCUGAUGAGGGCUCAGGAGGAUACUGUGGCUGCCAUGAUGAACAUUAAAUUCCAGAACAUCGUGGUGGAAAUUCUCAUUGAACACUUUGACAAGAUCUAUUCGGGUCCACCCGAGGACAAUGCUGCACCCCCAGUGCCUCCUCCCAGGGUGACGGCAAGAAGACACAAGCCCAUCACGAUUUCUAAGCGCCCAUUGCGGGAAAGAACCGUUUUCUACACAUCUUCAGUGGAAGAAAAUGAAGAUGAAAUCCUUAACGGCCCCCUUGCUGACAGCCCAGAAAGUCCCAAACCGCUGCCUCACCACAAGUUGCCUGUGCAGAGGAGUGGGGAAGCUGAGACUGGGAGAAAAUCCCCGAUCAGGCCCAGUUCCGACGGCAGGUUGGAGCCGUGCCCGGAGGUGGACGUGGGCAAGCUGGUGUCCAGACUGCAAGAUGGAGGACCCAAGCCCCCUCCCAAAGUGGCCAAUGGUCUCAUGAUGGGCCCUGGGCCUGCUAGGGCCCCCUCUCUUCAUGUGAAGAGACCGGCUCCCAGGCCUCUGGUUCACAGCAAGGAGGGUGACUACGACAGCUUCAAUAAAGCACGCUCCCCGGGAGACAAACCGGCAAUAACUCGGCCUCCAGUGCGUCCUCCGGAUCCUCCGUGCCGGGCUGUUGUGCCCCAGAAGCCAGAUCCUAAGCCAGAGCCUGUGGGCGGAGGAGCCCAGGAAACCAUGGCUUCCGUGGUGGCUUGCCGGACCCGAUUCUUUGAAACGGCUUCUCGGAAGACAGGAAGUCCCUCAUCUCAACAAGGAAGACUCGCUGGAGAUGAGAGUUGAGGCCCAAGUUUUUAGGAAUCCUGGCCGGUCCCAGAUGACUCCAUGCUUCUGAAAGGGCCUCCUCUAAACUCUUUUGUGUGCUCAGGACCCCUGGGCUGAAAGGCAGCUCCCUGCUGGAACCUGGCUCGGGAGAGUCCAGGAAACUGUAGAAUUAGUGGGACUCUGGACAUGUUUUAUUUUCCUUUUGCAUCUUUUCCUUCCGGUCUCAGAAAAGCUAUCUCGAGGCCGGUGGAAAGAGAGCCUGUUGACUUCCCGUACAGGCUGUGGACAUUCGGGCUCAUAUCCCCUGGGGUAGGGAAGAGAGCCCCCUUCCUCCGGUCAGACUCCAAGCCAUCGGAGGCAAAGUCAGGGUGCCCGGGACUGGCUUGUGGCUAGCCCCCGAGCCCCUCGGUAUCCUGCCUUUGAGGGCUGCCGAGUUCUGCUGGAGUUGGAACCGACACCCCAACUCUCGGGCCUUUGUCACCCCAAUCCAUUCCUUUGCCCAGACAAUGCUUGCGGAGAACCCCGGCUUGACCAGGGCAGUUGCAUGCGUCUGGCUGUUUGCCAUGCAGAGGAAACCCUCCAUUGGGUGGUUUCCCUAUUUUCUAGCUGGCAGCUGUGGGUCAUCCAGAGCACGGCUGGUGUUAGGAGCACUCCCUCAGCCCCGUCUCUCUCUUUCACUCCCUCCCUCCCCCCCUCUUUCUCUCUGUCUGUCUCUCUCUCCUUCUGGGUUUUCUGCCAGCUCUCUUGCAUGAAUAUUUUGGAAACAAUCGCAAACAAAAACAACACAAAAUGCGCCAAGCAAACAUUCUGCUUUUGAAGUCUAGCCUUCUUUGAGUAACUUUCAUUCCGUUUUCCUCUCGCCGGCUUCUUCCCAGAACAAAUGAGAGAAAUGGAAUUAGGAAGCAUUCCGAAAAGAAUCCCUUCUGCCUGGACCUCUUGUGGAGGGGCUGGGGUUUUGAGAUGGCUGGGAGGCUAAGGGAGUGGCGGGGGUAGGUCACACAGUCGCAGCGACCCAUUUCCAACAUCUGGCCCAGGCUGCUGCCUCGGGCUCCCCGCUUCUAUCCCCAGCAAUUGCUCCGUGUAACCUGGUCCCCUUCGGUGGCAUGGUGAAGCCUAAGGACCUCUCUGCAGAGUCACGGAUUUCCACGUAGAGGCCGACAAAGGAAGCUGGUCCUUUUGAAUUUGGUUAGCGACAUUUUCCCCGACAGGCCCGUAAGUUUCACCACUUCCAGGUUAAGAGGCCAAACCCUUCAUAAACAUCUCCCAGAGACAAAAGAAACCCUCCUGCAGUGGGAAGAAGCUUUUCUGUCAUCUAGCAGGGGGCCGGAGUCUACAGGCUUAGUCAGGCCUUAAACCGUAGCCAGGUUUCAAACUUCAAACACUAGCUUUGCCCUGAGCCCAGGGGUCCCAUAGAUCGGCUACUCCAUGAAACCCUUCCCACUGAACACCUAAUUCCGACUUGGUAGCCUUCUUACUAACCCUUAACCUGUUCCCUGGCCUAAUCUUGUUCACACCUAGCUUAGAAUGUUCCUAUGUGACUCACCCCCCCCCUUUUUUUUUUUAAGUCCAGCAUAUCCUGCCCUGUGUGUGCAUGGCUUCUGGGCAUUUUAGCUGUUUGUGAAAUCCCUCCUCAGAGGACCUUUCCUAGGACCUUUCCUAGGCCCCGCGAUCUGCAAGCGAAGGCAAAUUAGCACAGUGGGUUCGAGUUCUGGGGAGUAAACAUCUCCAUGUCCUGCCUUCCCCUCCUUCCCAUCACCUCCUCAGCCUCAAGACAGGAGAAAACGCCCGAGUAGAACUACACGCUCGGGAGACUCUGUCCGGUACUUUGGCCUAUCUUGUUAGGGUUUCGGGCGGACCCUGCCGACGUCGUCAAGGCUGGGACUGACCUUUUUGCCUUUCAUCUAGGCAGCAGAGAGGGGUGAUAGUGCUUAGGAGGAAGGGGGGAGGGCAGCAUAUUGCAGGUGGGUGUGUGGUCCCUCUGUGUCCCUCGGUGCUACAGGGCUGCUAACCCAGUGCUACUGGGGCCUUUUUGUUGUCAGAACCAAGAAAACCUGCUCACCUUGGGUUAUCGGGGAGUUGAAUGUGGACGUAGUCCAAACGUUCAAAGGCUUGGGAGGGAGGGUAGGUGCUGAGUGGAUAGAGCACUGGGCCUGGAAUCAGGAAGCUCUGAAUUCAGGCUCUGCCUCAGAUACUUAGUAGCUGGGUGGCCUUGAACAAGUCACUUCAUCUCUGCUUUGGAAGCCUCAGUUUCCUCAGCUGUAAAAUGAGAGCUUUGGGCCACAUCCAGAUUGAUUGAGCCACUCCAUUAUUCAUUAGGCAAUAGCCUAGUUGAAGCUGCUGAGAAAUCCCUCAAAUGAGAUCCAGUUAGAAGAUUAGAGUCUAGCCUACAUCAGGGAGGUGAGUUGCAGGGAAGUGUGGAGGCCAACUGGUCUAGCUCAAGUGUGACUGGGAUUCCUCAGAGGGAGAACAGAGAAUUUGCCCAUCAGUUCUCUCUCUGCUUCUACCCGUGUCACUUCGGAUGAGUCACUUCUCUCUCUGGGCUUCGGUUUGUUCCUCUAUAAGAUGGGUAGGACUAAGUGCCUCAGGGAGCCCUGCCGGCUCCAGUUCUGGAAUCCUAUGAUCCCUCGAUUCUCUGGCUUCCCUUGAACCUUUCUCCUGAGGGAUUUACUAAACCCAUGGCCAGCCUGUUCCACUUCUGGACAGCUCUCCGAGGAGAAACCGCAAGACAUGGUGGCUAAGGAGCUUAUCUCAGAAUCGGAACGAAUUGGGUUCAGAUUCCACCCUAGCUGGAUGACCCUGGCUAGAUCAUUUCAUUUCUUGUUGCCGCAGGCAACGCAACUCUGUAAGACUCCAUUGCAGAGAAAGUGCCAUAUGCAUUGGUAAAAAGGAUUAACUCUUAUAGGAAUUCUCUGUCCUUCCAAAUAGAGGUCCCCUCCCAAUCCCUAGUGCUCAUUGGGCGGAAAAUUUUCCAAGGCAUUGAGUUACAAUCUGCCACCUCUGCUCCUACUUCUGUUUGGGACUGUCCUUCAGGUACUUGGAAGACACACAGAUGGUCCAGCUCAAUCUUCUCUUCUCCAGAUUGAACAGUCCCUGUUCCUUCACUAACCUCCCAAUAGAACCAUCACAGGGGUCUGUGCCUAUGGAGGAUGGGGGGCAAUCCAUGAAGUCUGAUAGCCACCACUGAGAUUCCUUAGAGUGAAUGUGGUGCAGUACCGGACUAGCAGUCCUUGAAGUCCUUUGGGCAAGUCACUUCCCCUGUUUUCAAUUCAGUUUUCACCACGAUAAAGUGAGAUGUUGGACUGGAUAGCCUCUAAGGGGGCCUUCCAGUUCUGGUCCAUUCUUGAUGCUGGAAUAACAAUGACCUCCCCAUCACUGUAGCAUCUGCAGGAUUCCCACUGGGGAAUGGCCUUUAUCUACUAGUAAGGCAUUAAGCCAGACUUCCUCUCACCCAGAGGACUUCAGAGAAGGAGCAAGGUGAAGUUCUAAGGAAAAGGAAGGGGGAUGCAUGGGCCCAGGCAAAGAGUUCAAACAGAAGAGGAGACCGUGGGGGUCUUUGGGGGUCUUACACAAUCAACCAGGGGUCUUAGGUCAGCCAACCUGAGGCUACCUCUAACUGACAAUUAUCCAACCGAAUCGGCAUCUCCCCGCGGCAGGCCACAGCCCAAAGGCCAACCUCUUUGUGACGGCCACAACUCCCUCUCGCUUCACCAUCCCCGCUCCUGCCCCGACACGGUGACAAAGGGCCGAGGGUGCAGACUUUUCCCAGCCCAGUUACCUGAUGUGGGGCUAUAGACUCUUCCAAAACUGGACUCCUCAUCACCCCACCCCAUCCCCUGUUGCCUUCACUUCAACCAGAUAGAACUCUUGCUUAAAGACUGUCCUCGCUCCCUUUUGGAAAUGAAGCAUUGACUUUUUGACAAGCAGGUAGAAUGUAAGCUCCCUGAGGGCAGGAGGUCGUCUCAUGUUUGUCUUUUUGUGUCCAUAGCGCCUAGCACUGUGGCUGUCACAUAGUAGGUGCUUAAUAAAUGUUUGUUGAAUAGAAUAAAAGAAAAA